CUACCCGACCCGGACCGGACCCUAAUAUCCUUCCCACAAAACCCUUUCCUUUCCAUUCUCCCCCCAAAUUGGCUUGAAAGCCGAGGAAUUUUGUUCAACGAAAGAGAGAAGCCUUUUGCUGCAAUGGCGAAUGCGGAGGUAGAGGCGGUAGACUUCGAGCCAGAGGAAGACGAUUUGAUGGACGAAGAUGUUGAUGCCACGUCGUCACCAACAAUUCCUAAGCUCAAAUCUGCCAUCACCGGCGGCGGCUCAUCAUCAUCAUCGGCUCCGAAGAAGACAAAAGGACGGGGUUUCCGUGAAGAAGCAGCUGAGGCUGACCGUAAUGCCCGCUUGUCUGCCCGCUUCGAUUCUCUCGAUACCCAUGGCGGUCCUGGUCCUGAACGAUCCAUUGAAGGAUGGAUUGUUUUAGUUACUGGGGUUAAUGAAGAGACACAAGAAGAUGAUCUUCAUAAUGAGUUUGGCGAGUUUGGAGAAAUCAAGAAUUUGCAUUUGAAUCUGGAUCGUCGGACUGGAUUUGUCAAGGGCUACGCAUUCAUAGAAUAUGAGAACUUUGAAGAAGCACAGAAAGCUAUAAAUGAAAAGGAUGGAGCUGAGUUUCUCACACAGACUGUACAUGUUGAUUGGGCAUUUAGCAGAGGUCCUUUCAAGAGGAGGAAUGCUAGGAGGAGAGAUCCGCGUGGCCAUCGUUCUAGAAGUCCCAGGCGGAGAUUCUAAUCAGUGUGCAUGUAUGCAAUGGUCAUUAGGCUUACUCGCAGUUUUUCCCCAAAUUGUUUGAUCAUGUCCUUAAUUAUGUGUAUGAUAUUGCUUCGCUCACUCUCAGUUUUCUCCAACUUGUCUAUUUUAUCUUUCCUUGUGCGGACGGUAUUCAGAGCUUUCCCAGCAGCAUUGCAUUUCCAUACUGGCCUCUGAAAUGUUUAGCUUUUUUUUUUUUUAUUCGUUUCAGAAUAUUCAGCAUUGUCUAGUAGUCGUCUGAGAUUGAUCUUUUUCCUUGUGAGUGGGAUGUUUGCUUCGUUUGGUAAAAAUUUGCAUGGAAGUUGUUGUUUCGUGUUUUCACUUUAAGUUGCCAUAUGUUAUUAUUGGCGAUAUUAUGCAAAAAGAAAGUGCAGUGAGGCAUUCUCUUUCUAGAGCUAAGAUUGUCGUUAGAAUUUAACUAUCAUUUUUAGGUUGAGGAGGAGAAAACUUGUGCUGCUUUUCCUACUUUGAUUGGAGUGGAUGUUUAUUCUUUUGAA